AGUAGUAGUGGUAGUAGUGGUAGUAGUAGUAGUAGCUGCCGAGAGAAUAAGCAGCCAGAGCAGUGCUGUAUGAAAAAUGAGGUUAAUUGUUGUUGCAACGAUCCAUGGGGCUUUGAUUUUGUAGUAUUAGUAGUAGUCGAAGGCAGAAUAAUCAGCCAGAACGAUGCAUGA